AUGAAGUACGCUCUUGGUACAGCUCUCAUCCUUCAGAGCACGCUGGCUCUGGGUGAGCUUCUGCCUGUUCACCUCAAGGCACCCACUACAGCUCACUUCCGGGAUAUUGUUCGCAACGAUACCUACGACUUCGGUUGCAGACCUAUCGCUCAUCCCACAGAAGAUGGUCACUUCACCCUCCACGCGCUGUUGACCGAAGAUCAGAUUGCGCACUUGACAAAAGAGUAUGAGUCGGUCGACGAGAUCUCCAUUCACCGUCAAAUGGUCAAGAGGGCCGCCACAGCACCAAUUGGCACUGGCGACCGCUUCAAGGCCGGGACCGUUUCUCCUGUCGGCCUCGGUACGCAAGCAAGUGGCACCACGAUCUCAAGCAUCAUGAACGUUGCCGAGAUCAACUCCGCUUUCAACGCUUUGGUUGCCAACUACGGUGUGGGCAAGGUCACACUUCCUAACAAGACCUUCAACGGCGCAACGUCCUACGCAGGAUUCGUCGGUGCUGGAACAGACAAGUCUGCAUACCGCCUCUAUCUCAGCGCUGGUAUGCAUGCUCGUGAACGGGGUGGACCUGAUCAGCUCAUUUACUGGAUCUCUGAUCUGCUCGCUGCCAGCAAAGCCGGUACUGGUCUCACUUACGGCAAGAAGACAUACACCAACGCCCAAGUCAAGAGUGUCUUGGCUGCUGGCAUCGUCUUCUUCCCUCUGGUCAACCCAGAUGGUGUCACAUACGAUCAGUCCAGUGGCUCGCUCUGGCGCAAGAACAGAAACACCAAGUCUGGCUCCAGUGGUACUUCUGUUGGUGUUGAUAUCAACCGCAACUUUGACUUCCUGUGGAACUUCCGCAAGUACUUCGAUUCCGGCGAAGCACCUGCUUCCACCUCGCCCAGCUCAGAGACUUUCUACGGCACUGCGGCCGCCUCUGAGCCAGAAACAAAGAAUCACGUCUCUAUCUACGACUCAUUCCCUCAGCUCCGUUGGUUUAUGGACAUCCACUCCGCUGCCGGUGACAUCCUUUACUCUUGGGGCGACGACGACGACCAGACUACAACGUCCACCAUGAACUUCCUCAACAGUGCCUACGAUGGCACACGCGGCGUGACCGGCGACUCGGUGUACAAGGAGUACAUUCCUGCCGCUGACUUUGCCAACAUCAAGAACGUCGCCGCUAAGACAGUUACUGCCAUGUCAGCAGUCGGCGGUCGCUCGUAUAUCGCUGGGCAAUCUGUUGGACUCUACCCCACCUCUGGAGCCAGUGAUGACUAUGCGUUCAGCCGCUUCUGGGCCAAGCCCGGUGCGAGCAAGGUUUAUGGGUACACGAUGGAGUUUGGAUACAGCACGAACUUCUACCCGACAUUGAGCGAGUUCAACCAGAACAUCCUGGAUACAAAUGCUGGCUUUAUGGAUUGGGCAUUGGCCGCGAUUGCUGUUGGUUUGAGCUAG